AUGCCAAUAUACUUCCCAGCGAUACUUUGCCUUAUCAAUAGAGGCAGCAUUUCCACUUUUCUGAAGCUCACUCAGAAUAGAAGUUACAACUUUUGGUUCCAAUUUUCUAUUGAUAGCAGAGUUGGCCUAUUUGCGAGAACAACGUGCACAACAGGUCCUCCGUCACUGACAAGUCUAAAUUACCUACAUACAAUGUUUUUGGAUGGCUUUCGUCCGACAUGGUGA